CUCUGUACAAGUUAGUAGUCGCAAAGAAAUAAAAAUUAGCAAGGUUGUUAAUGGAUAAAUAGUAUUGAUUGGAAGUUAUUAUUUUCAUAAUUGAAUCUGAGUAGUUGUUUUAAAUUAUUUAUUUGAAUUGCAUACGCCGACGUACGGUCAAAAGCAUUGAUUCGUGCUGUAAGAUGGAUACCUUAGAAAACCAACUUAGGCAGUUGGGAGUAGUUAAUAGUGGAUGUGAAGAUGCGUAUGUGCGAACUGGAAAAGUAGCUGCUUUAGUAGGCAAUUUACAGCAAAAAGUGAGUGCAGAGCAGAGUGCUAAUAAUCACAGUAAGGUAUCAAGUAAAACAGCACCAAGCAUUCCUCCAAAGCCAAGUCGAAGAUCAAUUGAAAUGCCGCAGGUUCCACUUAGCAAGCAAGUUAUGGACACUCAAGAGCCAUUGUUUUCUCAGCCACUACAGAGUUUGGAAUUCGUUGCCCAUAAAGAAACUACAAAAGCAUUAAUACUUUCGCGCAAACAGCCAAUCGAUGCUAUUCAAAAUGGGGAGAAAAUAGGGUGUAGUCAAUCCACAUUGGACAAUCCAGCUGUGCUGGAACAGCAACUGGAAGCCUUGGCAUAUCAUAAGCUUCAGAUGGAAAAGAGAGGUCUCUUAGGAUCCAAAGUUCAAACGAAACCAAACCCAGUGACAAACAUUCCAAGCCUAUCAUCAACAUCUCUUAGUGCCCACAAUUUAACAAGUUAUGAUGGGUACCGCAGAAAUCUCAAGAAACCCCAUAACGAUAAACUUAAAUCGUUCAAUACACUAUCGGAAUAUAGUGGCACUACGGUCUAUUCAAAUAUGCUAUCAUCGCAAUCUACUCAUAAAAACUUGGAUUUAAAUCAUUCAACCACGGAACAAUUACAUGGGCAACUGUCAAUUUGCACAGCGCCUAUGACAAAAAAUAUAAACGAUGAAUUACGCACACCACCAAGUCCAGUGAGCUCUUCAUAUAGUGAACUUCGACGUGCAAAUGAUCCCUUCAAUGAGGCAGCAGUAGAUUUAGAAGAAAGUAGUACAAUCCAAAAGCCAGGAUCUGCUUACGAAAAUUAUGGAAAGCAGUGCACACAAAACACAACAACGUAUUAUUCUGGUAAAACAUGUACGGAUUUCUAUGGAUAUGGUGGAUUGUCACAGAGUUCUUCUACUUAUGAUUCGAUAUACGAGCCCAUAAAUCCCCGGAUGUCCAACGAUGUACUACCCCGAGCUAGUUUUAGUACAUAUGCUAAUAUUAAUCAAUGCAAAAUGCCGCCAACUAGUUCGACUUGUGAAGACAAAUCUUUAACCACAAAUUGUGGAAACAUAGACACAAGCUCCAUUGAAACUAUAGAUCCUAGUAAUUGUACUAACUACUUGAAAAGAAGUACGAUUAACGAUAAUCACCGUCACUAUAACUUAACAUCUAUUGACUCAGUAGACGAAGUGGAAAAUUAUGGACGUUGCUUUAAAUGCGGAGAUCGCGUUUUGGGCGAGAGUAGCGGCUGUACAGCAAUGGAUCAGAUUUAUCACAUUUCGUGUUUCACAUGCACGGAAUGUCAAAUUAACUUGCAAGGCAAACCAUUUUAUGCGUUGGAAGGGAAUCCGUUUUGUGAAUAUGAUUAUUUGCAAACACUAGAGAAGUGUUCGGUUUGCCUCAAGCCAAUUUUGGAACGAAUUUUAAGGGCCACUGGGAAACCGUAUCAUCCACAAUGCUUUACUUGUGUUGUAUGUGGUAAUAGCUUAGACGCGAUUCCAUUUACGGUAGAUGCCACUAAUCAGAAUUAUUGUAUUGCUGAUUUUCACAAAAAAUUCGCACCUCGAUGCUGUGUAUGUUAUGAGCCAAUUUUACCGGAAUCUGGUCAGGAAGAAACUGUCCGAGUGGUUGCUUUAGAUCGAAGUUUUCACUUGGAGUGUUAUAAAUGCGAGGACUGUGGUCUGUUAUUAUCUUCGGAGGCUGAUGGUCGGGGAUGUUAUCCUCUAGAUGAUCACGUUUUGUGUAAAAGCUGCAAUGCCCGACGUGUACAGGUUUUGACAAAUCGUAUGACCUAAGUUUUCGAUUUAUUUAUUUAUUAUCGCAUUUAUUGUACCAAAAAGUUCGAUGAUAAAAAAAGAUAUAAAUAAAAUAAAUUACACAACUCAA